CAUAUGGCGGUCUUCACUAUAAUAAUAAUAUGACUUCUGAUGAGGAGAUGUGUCCUCCCAUUGCCUCUGUUUGGGCCAAUUGACAGCCACUGACACACAUGUAUACACGCCUUUCAAUUGGCUCCCAAACUCCAGUAGAUAAUCACUGAUAAGUCUUGGCUAUACUUAAGACCAGUAGAUAUGUUUCACUUGAUUUUGAUCCCGUGAUGUGACAACUCUUAAUCCAUAUUUACUCUAAUACUUAAAACAUCUUAAGAAUGGAUUUAAGUUUUGCCUCUUCUUCGGCGCCAUUUCCUCAUUACGAACAGUCAAAUCAUCGCUUCCACACCUAUCGGACCAGAUAUGACAGCUCGCCAUCCGUUCAAAUGUAUGGACAGACGGGUUAUUAUCCGAAGCAAAACUGGAUCCAAGAAUAUUCCUCUCCGCCUAUAAGUCCGGUCAAACAGUUCAACGCUUACGGACCAGAAGUCGAUUGCGAUAAUCACUACUUCGCCGCCGAAGAGCCAAAGAUAGAGCCGCUGUCCGAUCCCAACAACAACCAAACGGGCGGUGAAUGCGUGGAAAUGGUGACCAAAUAUAUCACAAACCGGACGACAGGAGUGGUCAGAGUUGUGAAGCGGAGAGUGACGGCCAACAAGAAGGAGAGACGAAGGACUCAGUCUAUAAACAGUGCGUUCGCUAAUCUGCGGGACUGUAUUCCCAACGUUCCCGCAGACACUAAACUCUCCAAAAUUAAAACAUUGCGUUUAGCGACGAGUUAUAUCACGUACUUAACGGCACUUCUCGACGGACCAAACGAUACCCGACUCAAGCUUAUGAAAGAAGGCUUUCGGGCAGACCUUCCCUCCACUCACAAGAGGAACAGUAGGGAUAGCUUUAAGGAAAUGGUCAAAAUAGGCGCUUCAUUGCCCUGCAAUUCACCCAAUAGUAUACAAUACAAGACAAAUGGAAAGACCAAAUGUAAAGUGAGGACGGGAUGGCCUCAAGCCGUAUGGGUUGAACAGCUUGAGCUCAAACAACACGACACUCAAUAAAUUGAUUUAUUUCUCGCCCACCAAAUCGUAUUACUCGUAAACAGUUAUUAUAUUACAUUAAAUCUAAUGUCUUGCUAUAAAUAUAAUUUUUCAAUACAAUUGCCCUAUAAAUACCUUUAAACACUUUAAUUGAUUGAUAUAAUUAUUAUCAUUAUUUAUAAAUAGUGAGUAUUAUAUUAUACAAUAUAUGUAACCGUGCAAUAUAUAUACUGUAUAUAGAUUUAUAUU